UUUGUAUGUCUACAAUGGCUGGUGGUGGCGGCAAAACGAAUCAGAGGGUUUAGGCUUUUCCGGCACUGCGCGUCGGAACAAAACCCUAAUCCAAAUCCCGAAUUCCAGUAGAUGGGGAAAGCUUCAAGAGAUAAGAGGGAUAUCUACUAUCGAAAAGCCAAAGAAGAAGGCUGGCGAGCUCGCAGCGCCUUCAAGCUGCUUCAGAUUGACGACGAAUUCAACAUCUUUGAUGGAGUCAAGCGCGUCGUCGAUCUCUGUGCUGCCCCUGGUAGCUGGAGUCAGGUUUUGAGUAGGAAGUUGUAUCUCCCAGCAAAGCUUUCAUCUGAUUCUAAGGACGGGGAUGUGCCCCUUAUUGUAGCUAUUGAUUUGCAGCCAAUGGCUCCAAUUGAAGGUGUUAUUCAAGUACAGGGUGAUAUAACCAAUGCACGAACCGCCGAAGUAGUCAUCAGACAUUUUGAUGGCUGCAAGGCUGAUUUGGUUGUGUGUGAUGGUGCUCCGGAUGUUACUGGCCUUCAUGACAUGGAUGAAUUUGUUCAGUCCCAGCUGAUACUAGCAGGCUUAACAAUUGUUACUCAUGUACUUAAAGAAGGUGGUAAAUUUAUUGCAAAGAUAUUCCGUGGAAAAGAUACUAGUCUUCUCUAUUGUCAGCUGAAAGUAUUUUUCCCAAUUGUGACUUUUGCAAAACCAAAAAGCAGCCGCAAUUCCAGCAUAGAGGCAUUUGCGGUUUGUGAGAAUUAUUCUCCUCCUGAGGGAUUCAACCCUAAGGAUCUGCAUCGCCUCCUAGAAAAGGUGGGAAGUCCCUCCAGAGCAGAUGAUCUAGAUUGCAGUAGUGGGUGGUUGGAAGGACCGAAUAAGGUGUAUAUCCCAUUUUUAGCUUGUGGUGACCUCAGUGGGUAUGAUUCUGACCGUUCAUAUCCGCUGCCAAAAGAUGCCAACGGAGCUUACCGAAGCUUGGAUCCUGUACAGCCCCCAAUUGCCCCUCCUUAUAAGAGAGCUCUUGAACUGAAGAAAGCUUCCAGCCAGGGACUCACUGAGCUUGAGAACCACUCCCUCGAAUCCUGACCACAUUAGUCAUCGCUAUCUUUUAUACACUGCAUCAAAACAAUACUUAUUGUUAGAUGUCAUACGACUGAAAUUGCAAAUGGGAUAUUUCCCAAUUAUUUUGACAAUCAUUGAUCUUUUUUUUUUUUUUCUCUUUGUUGUUGUAACAAUAUGUAAUUAUGUAUGACUCAAUUAAUCUUGAAUUAUUUACUCUAA